CCGGUCUCUGCGCUGCGAAAGGAUUUCUGUUAAACAUCUUCAAGCAAGUUGGUGAAGAGAUCCUAAACCGUCAGCAUGGUUGAGUGGACAGAUGCCGAGCGCAGCGCCAUCACUGGCCUGUGGGGAAAGAUCAGUGUCGAUGAAAUGGGACCACAGGCUCUAGCCAGGCUCCUGAUCGUGUUUCCAUGGACUCAGAGGCACUUCGCCUCCUUUGGUAACCUCUCCAGCCCCGCGGCUAUCAUGGGGAACCCUAAAGUGGCUGCUCACGGUAGGACCGUCAUGGGUGGGCUGGAAAGAGCCAUCAAGAACAUGGACAACAUCAAGGCCGCCUACGCCCAGCUCAGCAAGCUGCACUCUGAGAAACUUCACGUGGAUCCCGACAACUUCAGGCUUCUUGCUGACUGCAUCACCGUAUGUGUGGCCAUGAAGUUCGGACCCUCUGGCUUCACCGCUGAUGUGCAGGAGGCUUGGCAGAAGUUCUUGGCUGUCGUUGUGUCUGCUCUGUCCAGACAGUACCACUAGUGUCGAUCUCAGCGAACGAGACAAACAGCUUGAGACCAAUUCAAUGCACAAAGCUGUCGACAAAAUGAUUCGACUGAAAGCCAAAUAAAAUCAUUUUCAGUGCACUA